GAUAACCUUCGUCACUCGCGCCAUGGCCUAGUUAGGAGCAGCUGAUAUGCUUCAAAUCCAUCAAUUGCCGCCACAGCCCGCACUUUGACAUCAUGCGCCAGUCUCCUGCCAACACCAGUCCGAGCGAGUGAAUUGACUCACAUCCUGCCGUCGACGAACAAGGGAGACCAUCGACAGGUAGUACGAAGAACAAGGUAGUGCAGGCUGCAGCACUGCUGCUGCGCGAACCGCGCUGCAUCUUCAUCUCUCCACCGAGCAACCGUAACGGAGCCCCGGCUGGCUCCGCCGGCUACAACCAUGGCCGUGCCCACGCACUCACUGCUAUGGAUGGGCGUCGCCCUCGUUGCAGCGCCGUUCGCCUUCUAUACCGUGUUUCUCGGCCUGCUGGUGACGCCCUUCUUCCAGAGACACGCUCUCUACGCCCACAAGAUCAACACUCUCCUUUGGUCCAACGUCGACCGGCCCGAGGCAUGGGGCUUCGCCAGUAAUCAGGUCACGCCCUUUCGACUGAGCACGCCCGAUGGCGUCAGCCUAUAUGCCUGGCACGUCUUACCGUUGCCCGUGUACUUGAAGAAUGAAGCCGUUCUGGCCAGCCAGCCGGCACAGGCUGAUUCGAGGUUUGAAGAUUUCGAGUCGUUCAAGAUUCUCAAGCGCGACCCCGAGGCUCGCCUGGUUCUGUACUUCCACGGGAAUGCAGGUCACAUUGCUCAGGCAGUCAGGCCAGACACGUACCAUUCGCUGACCGACACAUCUUCUUACCACCUGAUCGCCAUCGAUUACCGUGGCUUCGGCCACUCAACCGGCGUGCCUAGCGAGGAUGGCCUCAUCACGGAUGCGUCCACAGUCGUCGACUGGGCCGUCAAUGUGGCGGGCAUCUCGACGAGCCGCAUCGUCCUGCUUGGGCACAGCCUCGGAACUGCAGUGGUCAGCGGCGUGGCCGAGCGAUUCGCACUCAAAGGGGUCGAGUUCGCGGGCAUCGUCCUCGUUUCCGGCUUCGGCGACCUGGCCUCAAUGCUAAGCGGCUACCGUAUCGGCGGCAUCAUUCCCUUGCUGGGGCCCUUUGCGGCGUGGCCUCGCUUCAUCCGCCUCCUCGACCGCUUCAUUGUGGACAAGUGGCAUUCCGCGAACCGACUGACCAACAUUGUGCGGCACACAAAGUCCCGGCUGCGCCUCAGUCUCGUGCAUGCCAAAGACGAUUGGGACAUUCCCUGGACUGAGGACAACAAAUUGUUCCGCGCGGCCGCGAAUGAGACUGUCGGAAGCCUGGACGACGCCGAGUUUGCAGCGUGGAAAGAGCAGCGAACCAUCCACAAGGGCAAGGAUGCGUUUGUCACGACGUGGAAAGCCGAUCCAGAUAUCAUCAUCCGGCAGGAACUGUUCCCUUUUGGCGGCCACGACCCAAUCAACGGAUUUGCACCCGUGUCGCUAGCCGUGAUGAGAUCAUUUGAUCUUCACGGGACCGCCUACGAAUAG